AGCACCCAGUCCGCAAGGACGCAUGCAGAAAGUUCUCUGUGACUACAUGGAGUUCGCUGGCACUUUAUUCGCGUCAAAGAUUCGGCCACCAUUUCUCGCAAACCAUAUACACUCACCCGCGAAGUACAUCCAUUGAGCGUCUAUGCUGAUAAUGUCUGCGAAAACAUCGACCCUAUCUCCACCGGACUUGACGGAGGACACGUAUCCACCCCCUCAUCGCCACAGUCCUAGUGCUCUCUCCAACUCUGCAAACCCAGAGGAAGACUGGAGCAAGAUCUCAGACGCUUCUGAGCGCAGGAGAAUCCAGAAUCGAAUCGCUCAACGCAACUACCGCAAGAAGCUGAAAGAACGCUUGGAAGACUUGGAGAGGCGUGCUAAUAUCUUAGAUGAUGAUUGGUUUGCUACUAGUUUGGAGACACCCCCGGGGGAUGAACAAACCAGUUCUGGAACUUCAUCGGUCGCCGGUAUUCCCAGACCACCAGAGCUCAAUACGAGAUCGCAUUCAGAUCAUGAAGAGAACAACAAGUUGUUUGCCGCACACAACGAUGACAAGAAUCUCUCCAAGAACAAGAAAGAAGAGAGCCAGCCUAGAAUUUUGACAAAGCUUAGUCAGGGCAAACUCCAUGACGAAUAUAUUCAUUUCGAUGAUUAUGACGACGGGAAUAGCGGCUCGGAGCCCGAGCCGCAUAUGGCCCUUGUUGACUAUCGCAACACACCCAGUGCACAUAAGCAAUUUGCGCCAGACACAAGAACAAAUACACAGGGAUGGGACAAGUGUAUACAUCAUCGUGUGCCAUUCUACAAUGAUAUAGUCGCGACAAUAACUCGAUGGUUCCAGUAUUCGAGGAACAAAUUCGAGGCGGCGUUGCAGCCUCAAAUUCCUUCUGCUCAUGUUCGAGUAUCAUGGAUUUGUACUCAUAGGCGGUCUUUGUGUCAGCAACGCCGCUGUCUCUUGGAGAAAUUAGAUUGUGGUCUCGAAAACCAAACUUACUCACAUUGUUAACCUCUACUUUUGUACUUACCGAGUACUCAAUAUCGAUUAGCUAACAAUUUAGACAUGUGGGAGACGAUUAUAUGUAGAUGUCCCUGCAGACAGGAGAUCAUACGCAGUCUACUUAGCAAGAAAGGCGGCCGGGCCACGGAAUUCAGACACAAUCACGA